AUGGAGACUGAUUACAAUCCUAUGGAGUUGCCCAAUAAUACAGGAUUUGAAGAGGAUUCUGAUUAUAGAGACUUCGAAGGAACAGAUGUGAAAGAUAUGAGACUAGAAGCUGAAGCUGUUGUGAAUGAUGUUCUGUUUGCCGUCAGGAACAUGUUUGUCUCAAAAACCCUUCGCUGUGCAGAGGAUGUGGCAUAUAUCAAUGUGGAAACCAGAGAAAGGAAUAGAUACUGCUUGGAGCUCACCGAAGCAGGACUCAGGGUAGUUGCUUACGAUUUUGAUCAGACUGAUGACAGAUUGCAAACUCCGUACCAUGAAACUGUCUACUCCUUAUUGGACUCUCUCAGCCCUGCAUAUCGAGAGGUGUUUGGAAAUGCAUUGCUACAAAGACUAGAAGCUUUGAAGAAAGACAGUCAGUCAUGA